UCUCUCAGAGCACCGCCGGCUCCGGCCACCCCCUCUUGCCCCACACCACCGGGUCCUGCGGCCCCCGUCCCUCCCCUCGCUCGCCGCUCCGUGACGCUGGGGGAGGGCGCACGUUCCGUGUUUCCGGCGAGCGGAUCUCGGCGCUGGAGCUGCCCGGUCCGACAUGGUGCUCAUUAAGGAAUACCAAGUGCUCCUGCCAUGUUCUGUAGAAGAGUAUCAGGUCGGCCAGCUGUACUCUGUGGCCGAAGCCAGCAAGAACAACACCGGUGGAGGGGAAGGCAUCGAGGUCCUGCGCAACGAGCCGUAUGAAAAGGACGGGGAGAAGGGCCAGUACACGCACAAGAUCUACCACAUCCACAGUAAGGUGCCCAGUUUCAUCCAGAUGUUUGCCCCUGAAGGAGCCUUGAUCUUCCACGAAAAGGCUUGGAACGCGUACCCCUACUGUCGCACCAUUGUGACUAAUGAAUACAUGAAAGACGACUUCUUCAUUAAGAUCGAGACCUGGCACAAGGCGGACCUGGGAACCACGGACAACCCUCACGGCUUGACCCCAGAGGAGUGGGAAGACACGGAGGUGGUGCCCAUCGACAUCGCGGACCGCUCGCAGGUGGAUGACCUGGACUUCAAGGCUGAUGAGGACCCAGCCAUCUUCCACUCAGAGAAGACUGGCAGGGGACCCUUGGGUCCGGGCUGGAAGACAGAGCUGCAUGGAAGUAACUGGCCCUUCAUGACCGCCUACAAGCUGGUGACCGUUCACUUCCGCUGGUGGGGGCUGCAGGGCAGGGUGGAGAAAUUCAUUCACAAGCAGGAGAAGAGGCUCUUCACCAAUUUUCACCGUCAGCUUUUCUGCUGGCUGGAUCGCUGGGUGGACCUGUCUAUGGAGGACAUCAGGAGAAUGGAAGAGGAGACGCAGCGAGAGCUAGACCAGAUGCGUAACCAGGGACCGGUUAGAGGGAUGAAAGCAGGUGAAGAUUAGAAAAUGAAGAAGGGGCGGGAUUAUGGGACUGUUUGCUCAGUCUUUAUUUUUACCUCAGAGUCCCACACGAUGCCCUCCGUUCUGCGGCCAAUCAGAAUGUGCCACAUCACCGAGUCCUUUCACACAGGAAGCUGUCACGCCUUGUUCGGGAUUUGAAUAUCCUUUUUCGUGUGUCUUUGUAUUUCUCUGUCCAUUUACAUGUUUUUUUUUUUUUUUUUUGCCCGCUUAGCCCAUACUCACACAUGGCCCCAGAGAGGCAUUUGUCACUCUGAAUGAUCGAAAAGUGCUUGCUUGCUAAAUGCUGCUACGAAAGCCAGCGAUUUUUAAGACGACCAGUAAGAACCUCCCACACAUUCCUGGCACAUUCAGCCGGCCUGUGAGGCUGCUUCUCACUUGGGUUAUGACGUGAGGGUGAUGUGGAGAUGCCUGGAUCCCAGCUCUCCCUGACUGUGUUUGUGUUGGGACUUUUCCAGGUUCCUUGGUUUUUAGCCAAGGACCCUGAAUAAAUACAAUUGAACUUUUCAUUUUAUGCUAUUUUUUUUGCACCAUCAGUUACGGUAAGGCGGUGGGCCAGAGGGGCCAGUGGGGCGGCUGGGUGAAAAGUGCAUGUCAGUAACACGUUUGAUGGCAGCUGAAUCGGCCACUUGAUAUAAUCUGUGUGUUACAGGGCACAGUGGUCAGCGUUUUAAAUGAGCAUUUCUGAAUAAAAUGUCUAUUGCAUAA